AUGGGUGAUGUCACCACUGCUAAGAAAGUGUGCUAUACUGGGACCAAUAGCUCAGGAGCCUUCCAUGUUCAGUUGAAAAGCAUGAUUGGGGACUAUACCGUGUACAGACAAGCAUACAGCACGCAGCCCAUCUAUAAGUGCUGCCUGGGUUGGAGCCGGUGGGACCAUGAACCUGGCUGCCCACGCUCUGUCUCUGCAGAGGGGACAUGUUUCAGUGGAAAGAGGUGCUCAGACAGUGAGGACCAGUGGUGCCGGUGCUCAGAGGGUUUCCAAGGCCACCACCGUCAAUAUGAUAUAAAUGAAUGUACCAUUGACAAUGGUGCCUGUCAGAACCAAUGCCGCAAUACAAUUGGCAGUUACUACUGCAAGGGUCAAGCUUGCCAGAAGCUGGAGGAAGAUGGCAGAGGAUGUGAAGAUGUCGAUGAAUGUGUGGUGGUGAAUGGAGGCUGCCAGCAGUGCUCUAUUAACACUCUGAGCACCUUCCACUGUGAAUGUGAUACAGGAUACGGACUCCAUGCUGAUGAACGCACCUGCAUAAAGAUGGACCCCUCCACAGGUGGGAAUGGAUGUGCCCACAUCUGUCAGAGUGAGAAUGGUGUGACCAGGUGUGUCUGUUGCCCAGGGUACCAGUUGUCUAAUGACAAAAAGGCCUAUGGAGAUAUGAAUAAGCCUGCUGAAGGGUUGGCUCCCUGCAGCCAUAGCUGUGGGAACACAAUGGGUUCUUUCAUUUGUGCCUUCCACCCUGGCUUUGAGCUGGAAGCUGAUGGAAAGCAGAGUUCCAGGUUUGUAUUGGAAAUUGUCAAUAGCUGUGAAAAGAACAAUCAUGGUUGUUCCCAUCAUUGUGAACGUGUACUUGGGCAGGGGGGUGGGGUGGAUUGUUCCUGCAACCAUAGACACCAGAUUGAUUCAGAUGGGAAAGCAGGCAUAGAUACCGAUGAAUGUGAGCGUGGAGAAGCCUGCUGUACCCAACUCUGCAUCAACUAUUUAGGACACUAUAAAUGUCGAUGUCAGGAGCGCUUUAUCAGUUCUGAUGGUGGCAGAUGUGAUGCCUUAGAUGAUGGUGAGCUGGAAGAAGAAGAAGAAUUAGAAGUUGUAAGGUUUCCAGUCCUUCUAUUCAAGAGCCCACCUCAAUGGCUUCAUGAUGUCUCCACCUCUCUGCCUCCCACCCAUGAAGACGAAGAAGAUAAGGAGUGGGAGGAAACAUCCUUUUCCCCAGAGACCCACAGGAAAGCAUGUGGCAGCAUCUGUGAUUGUCAGAAUGAAGGCAGCUGUGAUUCUCUGGGCAGUGCCAGUCCCCCUACCCCCAGGAACUGUCCCAAAGGGGUCUGUGGAGCUGGCCGCUCUUCAGAAUGUCAGUGCAUGGAGGAGAACACCUUGGAAAGCAGUGCCAAAAAUGGCAGUUGCACCUGCAAAUCUGGUUACCAAGGCAACAGAUGCCAGAAAGGAGAUGUGGGAACACUGGGACCAUAUUCCUGCAUGGGAACAAAUGGCUACGUUCAGUUAGCUCGUACCUCUCUGGGUGGGGCAGGUACUUUCCAGUUGGUUAUGGUCUCUACCACUCCCUGGUGUUCACCUGCUGAGUCUCCAUCUGCUCACUCCUGCAUGUUUCCUGCCGGGGCUUCAGGAACCUGUGUUUGUUACUCCUGCUUUAGAAAGGUGGAAAGAGGUGAUGAGCAAAUAGAAAAACUUAGAGAUCCAACUCAAGAAAAGGAGGACUUCCAAGAAGAAGAGAUAGUCACUGUCUCAUAUGCUGCUUAA